AUGAAGUGUUUCCAGUUCUAUAGCAGAGAUAAAAAGGAAGACCAAAAAUCCACCACGAGGCCAAGUUCGGGCCUUUCUUCGUUUGCCGAUCAUGAAGUAAGGCAAUUUGGAUCCGAAUUAAACUCUCGAAAUGCAUCAGACGCGAGCUCCGAGUCGAGGGGCCGUAAUCAGUUACCGAAUAUGUCCGAGAGGAGCAGUAAUCUCAAGGAUUUUACUUUUUCCGAACUGAAACAAGCGACCAAAAACUUCAGCCGGACGGCUAGACUCGGAGAAGGUGGAUUUGGAUGUGUCUUUAAAGGCGUGAUUAGGAGCUCUGAGGACCCAUCGAAGAAAAUCGACGUGGCUGUAAAACAAUUGGGUCGAAGAGGAUUGCAGGGUCACAAAGAAUGGGUGACUGAAGUUAAUGUUCUGGGUAUUGUCGAGCAUCCAAAUCUCGUGAAGCUGAUUGGCUACUGUGCUGAGGACGAUGAAAGAGGAAUACAGAGGCUUCUAAUAUAUGAAUAUAUGCCCAAUGGCAGCGUUGAAGAUCAUUUGUCGGUUAGAACUAUUAGUACACCCCUUUCAUGGGAGAUGAGGCUCAAAAUUGCUUUAGAUGCUGCUAGGGGAUUGGCUUACCUUCAUGAGGAAAUGGAUUUUCAGAUUAUCUUUAGAGAUUUCAAAUCGUCCAAUAUUCUUCUAGACGAGCAGUGGAAUGCGAAACUAUCGGACUUUGGAUUGGCUCGAUUGGGACCUGCAGAAGGACUAACACAUGUCUCAACUGCGGUUGUUGGGACUUUAGGCUAUGCUGCACCCGAAUACGUCCACACGGGCCGCCUCACGUCAAAGAGCGACGUUUGGAGCUUCGGCGUGUUCCUCUAUGAACUUAUCACGGGCCGGCGCCCGCUGGAUCGUAACCGGCCGAGGGCCGAGCAGAAGCUUCUAGAAUGGGUAAAACCGUACUUGUCAGACGCCAAGAAGUUCCAGAUGAUACUGGAUCCAAGGCUAACCAAGGAAGGUAGUAAACAGAUCCUCCGUUCGGCCCACAAGCUCUCACUCGUCGCAAACCGUUGCCUGGCCCGUUUGCCGAGAGCCCGGCCCACUAUGGGCGAGGUCCGGGAAAUGAUCAGCCAAGUCCUGGAGGCAUCGGCAGAUUGUGGGGCCCACGGGAGCCUACCCGAGCCGGCCGUGAGGGGCGGCGUUGGAAAAGAGGGAAAAAAUAUUUUUUUAAAAAACGAGGGAAAGGGUAAAAGGAGAAUGGUGGAUUUAAAAAUCGGGGAUGGCGGGUGGCUCGUGCGUGUUUGGACGUCAAAGCUCGUGAGGACUUGCUGA